GGGAUCGGGUGUAUACUGGCAUAUGGGCAAACAGGUAGUGGCAAGACCUUCACUAUGGAAGGCCUUGAGCAUCGCAUAGCUCGUGAUUUGUUUGCAACAGCUAAGAAGGUGGGCAGACGCCUGCUUGCAUCAGAGGCUGGCAUUGUGGACGUGGAGAUCGAGGGAGACUCAAACUCGGACGUAUUCGAGUUCAAUGUGACAUUUCUUGAGUUGCUUGGAAAGAAAGCAGUGGAUCUUAUAGAGACACCUACAACAGUCGAUGACCAAGGUAAUCCGAUCAGGAAGGAAGUACCUGUGAAAGAAGACAAAGUUGGCGACAUCAGGCCACGUUUGGUUUCCACUGAGGUCAAGUCGUCCGAUGACUUAGAAAGUCUGAUCAACAACGCACUCGCGCACAGACGUACGAGCCCCACGUUAAGAAACGCAGCCAGCAGCCGCAGUCACGCUCUCCUCACUAUCCGGGUGAAGAAUAGACUCUUACCAUAUGCUGAAGAGGGGAAACUCAUCUUGGUAGAUUUGGCAGGGAGCGAGCGCUAUGAAGACUCGAAGAUGCACUCUAAGCAGCGUAUGGAUGAAUCGCGGGAGAAUAACAAGAGCCUGAUGGUCCUGAAAGACUGUGUGCGCGCUAAAGCGAAGAUGGCACAAGAAGAUGGUUUUGUGCAUAUACCGUGGAGGAGCAACGUGCUAACCAUGCUACUCAAGCCAAUUUUCGAUGUCGAAUCCCGCCAACCAUCUCGGACAGCUAUCAUCGCACACGUUUCGCCACACAUCCAAGAUGUCGUGCACAGUGGCAAUACCUUAUCUUACGCAUCUCCAUUCAAGACUGCACCACCUAAGCCUCGCGGACCAGCACCGUACGAUAAAGCGGACCCAAGGACAUGGAAUCACGAACAAACCUUGGAAUGGCUGGAGGAAGAAUUCAUCAAAGUUACCAAGGCAAAGAGGAAUCAUGACAGGGAGGAGAGAGUAAAGGGAACAAAGCGGUCCGAAAAGUCACAGAUACCUCCUGAAGACGAUGCAGUAAUCAUACUUGCCGUGGAUUUGGACAAAUUAUGCCCUGUAGGUAUGACUGCGAUGCAGUUCGGGAGACUGUAUACCAUGGAAUUCGUAGAACAGUGCCUACUGGCAAUACCAGCUGUUGAAGGGCCAACAAAAGAUGCGCCAAAGCAGAGAGGGAGACUAGAGGCAGAUGCGGUAAAAUAUACGGCGAUGAAGGUGAUAGGACGACUAUUUUAUUUGAUGUUGACUGCUAAGACCAGGACACGCAAUGAAAUUAUGAAAAGUCGGAAGAAGCUGGUGGUAGAUGAAACAUAUGGCGAUAUUCCUGAUGGACAACCGACAUUCGAACAGUAUAACCACAUUGAAAUGAUGGAUGCGCGAACCGCAAUUGGAAACGAGAUGUGGGUGAGUACGAUGGACAAGUUUUUGAAGAAUGCAGAGGAGGAGGGGACAAGCCUGGAGUAUGCGAAAAAAACAGCAACAAAGAGCUUAAUGGAUAGAUGGAGGGCCCAACAAGCGAACAAGGCCGGAGGAACUGUAAAGAGUCGUGUAGAGGUAGACUCUACGUAAUUUUGGUAUCUUGCACCCAGUAUUGCGUUGUACGAACAUGUCAACUAGUUGUAAGUAAUAUAACCAUGCAGAUAUAUGGAUAUGAAGGCGAAAGUAUUCAGAUAGAUUCCAAACUAGAAUCACGACUUAGAUCCCGUGAACAAAACAGACUGCGCAGCUUCAGCCAAUGCCUGUUCCCUGACUUCAUCCGCAACGUCCUGUGGUUGCGCAACCGCAACUUCAGCAUCUCUUUGGACCAUUAACUCUCGACCUUUCGCUAACGUCUCACGAUGCACUGCAACACCAAGAAACAGUCCAUACAAAGUGAGACCAGCUAAGCCGCUAACAAAUGUCCUAUGAAUAAUAUCCGUUAUUGAGAGCGGCUGUCUGAUGGGCGCACGGGUCGAUCUUCUACUAAGGAAUGACAAUAUAGACAUCCUGUGCGUUGGUCUGUGGU